AUGAAGGUGGCUGGAGCAGGUGCUGUUAUGUACAAGGUUCGUCUUAAAACAAAUCAUGUCCUGAAGAGGGAUGUUGAUCAGCAUUUAAGAAUUCAGAUUGUUUACGAUGAAAGUGUUGAAGAGUUGCUUUCAGAGAAAAGGCACCUUGUAAAGAAUAAACUUUUUCCACAAGCUAUUUCAUAUUUGGAGAAGACAUUUCGAGUUCGUAGACCUGGUGGCCCUAUCUUGCUUAGCAGACAAUGUGCAACGAACCAGUAUAUAAGAAAGAGAAAUGACCCCCACAGAUACUGUAAAGACUCUUGUGCCGAGCAUACCAAGUGUGGUCCCAUCCGAGUGCCUGAGGAGCAUCUUCAGCAAUGUUGUAGUGAGUCUGAACGGUUGUGUAGAUCAUCGGACUUGCCAGAGAGUGAGGGCAUUAAGGAUGCAGACUUUGUGCUGUAUGUUAGUGCUCUAACCACUGAGAGGUGCAGCCAAGAAAAUAUUAUUGCUUAUGCAGCCUAUUGCCAGCAAGAAGCAGAGAUGGACAGGCCAGUAGCAGGGUAUGCUAACCUAUGUCCAAAUAUGAUUUCUACUCAACCUCAGGAAUUCAUUGGAAUGUUGUCAACAGUGAAACAUGAGAUUAUUCAUGCCUUGGGUUUCUCUGCUGGGCUUUUUGCAUUCUACCAUGAUAAAGAUGGAAAACCUAUGACUUCAAGAUAUGCGAGUGGUUUACCACCUUUUAAUAGCAGUCUUGGAUUGUAUCAGUGGAGUGAUAAGGUGGUUCGAAAACUGGACAGAUUAUGGGAUGUGCAGGGUAGUAAGAUGAUACUGCACAGUGUAUUUCUUCUCGUGACACCUCGUGUUGUUGAAGAAGCUCGGAAACAUUUUAAUUGUCCAAUUCUGGAAGGAAUGGAACUUGAAAAUCAAGGUGGUCUAGGCACUGAGCUGAACCACUGGGAAAAACGGUUAUUAGAGAAUGAAGCAAUGACCGGCUCUCACACACAGAAUCGAGUCCUCUCUCGAAUAACCUUAGCAUUAAUGGAGGACACAGGCUGGUAUAAAGCUAAUUACAGCAUGGCUGAGACCUUGGACUGGGGCCGUGGUAAGGGCUGCGACUUUGUCAUGAAGAGUUGUAAAUUCUGGAUUGAUCAGCAAAGACAAAAGAGACAAGUGCUAGCCCCCUAUUGUGACACACUCAGAAGUAAUCCAUUGCAGCUAACCUGCAGGCAAGACCGGAGAGCAGUUGCUGUGUGUAACCUGCAGAAGUUCCCCAAGCCUUUGCCCCAGGAGUAUCAGUAUUUUGAUGCCCUCAAUGGAAUACCUGUGGAAGAUUUGCCUUAUUAUGGGGGCUCCGUGGAAAUUGCUGACUACUGUCCAUUCAAUCAAGAAUUCAAUUGGCACAUAAGUGGUGAAUUUCAACGCAGUUCAGAUUGUAGAAUAUUGGAAAAUCAACCAGAAUCUUUCAAAAACUUUGGGCUUGAAAAAUAUGGACCUCAUUCAAUAUGUCUAAUCCAGAAAUCUGCAUUUGUCAUGGAAAAGUGUGAAAGGAAGCUCAGUUAUCCUGACUGGGGGAGUGGAUGUUAUCAGGUUUCUUGUUCUCCACAAGGCUUGAAAGUUUGGGUCCAGAACACCACGUAUUUGUGCAGCCGAGUAGGUCAGGUCCUCCCUGUAAGCGUUCAGAUGAAUGACUGGAUACAUAGUGGGGACCUUCUCUGCCCACCGUGUUGGGACUUCUGUGAAGUCUGCCCUCCAGAGACAGAUCCUCCAAUUUCCAACCUCACGAGGGCUUUACCACUGGAUCUCUGCUCCUGCUCCUCCAGCCUAGUUGUCACGCUCUGGCUGCUGCUGGCUAACCUGUUUCCUCUUCUGGCUGGAUUCCUUCUGUGUGUUUUGCAUUAGUGGUCAAAAGAUGGAUCCCUGAGAACCUCCUUUAUGUUGUUGUUCCUCUUGGCCAGAGCACACAACUUAGACAGGGGCCAGCCUGCAGAAAAGACCGAAGACGCACUUGUGACUUAAGCUUGGGAACCGCUGAUCACAGCCAGACCUUGAAGCAGUCUCUUCACACCCAGAACUUUUGAUUAACCAAGUUUUGAGAAGGAGAGUGGUCUUAUCAGUUGCCAAGUCAUUAGUAUUUUAGGACCAGUGAUCAUCCUCAAUGGUUUUCUUGAAUUCCUUUGAAAAUGUCCGUGGGGUGACUAACGAAUCAUCGGACUGAUUACAUACCUCAGUGUUUGCUGUCAGAAAUCAUGGACAAGAUCAGCUGCCAGCACCGCAGUAUAUUGGCUGCCCGCCAGCAGGUCAUUGCAGAAUCCUAAAUUCUAUUGAAUCCUGUGGAGUUUUUCAAAAUUGUGAACUCUCAUUUGACUUAUGGGUCUUUUGAGUUUAAUGCUGUUUGUGGGACCCUCCUUUACAUCAUUGUACUGGAAGUUAGUUCAGUGGCAUUGCUUUAUUUAAGCAAUUGCGUUCUGUGACUUAAUCAUGCCUACCUUUUUCAAACUAGUAGCUGAACUGAACAGUGUUUAUCUCGUACUCCUGAUGAUAGGUUCUGUUUAGGGUUUUUUUUGACAGACUUUUCCCAGCAGUAUCUUUUCUUAUUAACCUUUGGAAUCU